CCUUAAAAUCCGUGUGUUGUUUACUCACCCCUUCCCUCCUGCUGACCUGGCCCAGGUCACUGCUCCCAGACAGGGAAUGGUGACGGACCAGCCGGGCGCCAGAGGAGUGGCAGCAGCCCAAUCAGGAGCCUGGCUGGAGUACAGAACAAUGGCAGCCCGAAGAAAAGGCCGGUACACCCUGUGGAAGACCUCUCUGGACAGCAUGUCCCAAUUAAUGGAUUCUGACAUGGAUUAUGAAAGGCCAAAUGUAGAGACCAUCAAGUGUGUUGUGGUGGGGGACAACGCCGUGGGCAAGACCAGGCUCAUCUGUGCCCGGGCCUGCAAUGCCACCCUCACCCAGUACCAGCUGCUCGCCACCCAUGUGCCCACUGUUUGGGCCAUCGACCAGUAUCGGGUAUGCCAGGAGGUGUUGGAACGCUCCCGAGAUGUGGUAGAUGAUGUCAGUGUCUCCCUCCGCCUCUGGGACACUUUUGGAGACCACCACAAAGACCGUCGCUUUGCUUAUGGGAGAUCUGAUGUGGUAGUUCUGUGCUUCUCCAUCGCCAACCCCAAUUCCCUCCACCACGUCAAGACCAUGUGGUACCCGGAAAUCAAGCACUUCUGCCCCCGAGCACCUGUCAUCUUGGUGGGCUGCCAGCUGGACCUGCGCUAUGCUGACCUGGAGGCUGUCAAUAGGGCCAGGCGACCCUUGGCUAGGCCCAUCAAGCCCAACGAGAUCCUGCCCCCAGAGAAGGGCCGAGAGGUGGCCAAGGAGCUGGGCAUCCCCUACUACGAGACCAGCGUGGUAGCCCAGUUUGGCAUCAAGGACGUCUUUGACAACGCCAUCCGGGCCGCGCUCAUCUCCCGCCGGCACCUGCAGUUCUGGAAGUCUCACCUCCGCAACGUGCAGCGGCCUCUGCUGCAGGCGCCUUUCCUGCCUCCCAAGCCUCCACCCCCCAUCAUUGUGGUGCCCGAGCCCCCCUCCAGCAGCGAGGAGUGCCCCGCCCACCUCCUGGAGGACCCGCUGUGCGCGGAUGUCAUCCUGGUGCUGCAGGAGCGGGUGCGCAUCUUUGCCCACAAGAUCUACCUCUCCACCUCCUCCUCCAAGUUCUACGACCUGUUCCUCAUGGACCUGAGUGAGGGGGAGUUGGGGGGCCCCUCGGGGCCAGGCUCCCGCCCAGAGGACCAGCGGGGUCACCCUGACCAACAUCACCACCACCACCACCACCACCACGGCCGGGAUUUCCUGCUUCGGGCGGCCAGCUUUGACGUGUGUGAGAAUGCGGAGGAGGGCGGGGGCUCGGGGCCUGUGGGGCUCCGGGCCUCCACCAGCGACGGGAUCUUACGGGGCAAUGGGACAGGGUACCUGCCGGGCCGGGGCCGAGUGCUCUCCUCCUGGAGCCGAGCUUUUGUGAGCAUCCAGGAAGAGAUGGCGGAAGAUCCUCUGACCUACAAAUCCCGGCUCAUGGUGGUGGUAAAAAUGGACAACUCCAUCCAGCCAGGGCCCUUCCGGGCUGUUCUCAAGUACCUGUAUACCGGAGAGCUGGAUGAGAACGAGAGGGACCUCAUGCACAUUGCCCACAUUGCGGAACUUCUGGAGGUCUUCGAUCUGCGCAUGAUGGUGGCUAACAUUCUCAACAACGAGGCCUUCAUGAACCAGGAGAUCACCAAGGCCUUCCAUGUCCGCCGGACCAACCGAGUUAAGGAGUGCUUGGCAAAAGGCACCUUCUCAGAUGUGACCUUCAUCUUGGAUGAUGGCACUAUCAGCGCCCACAAGCCCCUGUUGAUUUCCAGCUGUGACUGGAUGGCUGCCAUGUUCGGAGGGCCCUUUGUGGAGAGUUCCACCAGGGAGGUGGUGUUUCCUUACACAAGCAAGAGCUGCAUGCGAGCAGUGCUGGAAUACCUCUACACAGGCACGUUCACCUCCAGUCCCGACCUGGACGACAUGAAGCUCAUCAUCCUGGCCAACCGCCUCUGCCUGCCGCACCUGGUCGCCCUCACAGAGCAGUACACGGUGACCGGGCUGAUGGAAGCAACGCAGAUGAUGGUGGACAUUGAUGGGGAUGUCCUUGUGUUCCUGGAACUGGCUCAGUUCCACUGUGCAUACCAGCUGGCCGACUGGUGUCUGCACCACAUCUGCACCAACUACAACAAUGUGUGCCGCAAGUUCCCACGAGACAUGAAGGCCAUGUCCCCAGAAAACCAGGAGUACUUUGAGAAGCACCGGUGGCCGCCCGUCUGGUACCUGAAGGAGGAGGAUCACUACCAGCGGGCUCGGAAGGAGCGUGAGAAGGAGGACUAUCUCCACCUGAAGCGCCAGCCCAAGCGGCGGUGGCUGUUCUGGAACAGUCCUUCCUCACCAUCCUCCUCUGCAGCCUCCUCAGCAUCCCCAUCUUCCUCCUCGGCUAUAGUCUGAGAUGCUGCCGCCCUCUUCCGACCCUGCUGCUCUUGUCCCCACUGGCCCUUGCCCCUCUGCUCUGCUGCAUCGCCCCCUCCACCUUCCAGGGACAAGGGGACUCACAGAACCAGGACCCGAAGGGUGCAGCUGCUCUCACGAGCCAGUGCAGCUCAGCCAGAGAGCUGGGCCUUGGGGAUCAGAACGGGGGCCCCUGCCAGCUCCAAAGCAGGGCAGGGAGGUGGAGAGCAGGGCGUGAGCUGAGUGCCCUGGCAUCCUCUCUCUGGCUCGGAGAACCCUAGCAUCAAAGGGAACACUCUCCCAGCCAGGGGGCUGUGCAUCUUGCUCUGGGGAGGCAGUCCCCGCCUGGGAAGCUGCAUUGUGCUGGGAGGGUCCUGCCUCUAUUGGCCAUGUUUCUCUGCUGAUGGACUUGAGGCUUGCAAAUGUUCUGUGGUCAUCUCUGCACGGAGCCUACUCAAAUCCUCCCUGGAGAAGUCAGGGUAGAAAUUAAGCCUUCUGAGCCCAACUCAAGGCUUCUAUGUCCUGGGGUGCAGCUGCCAGAGGGCACAAGUGGGGAGGCUUGCAUUCUGCCAGCAUCCCUCCCAGGACCGUAGGCAUCAGGCCUGAUACACAGUGACAAGGUGGUCAGAGCUCCAGGCCUAGAAGCAGUGCCUCUUGGUGCAGUGAGAAACCUCUCCCUCCCCACCUUCAUUGCUCAGAUUUGGAGAUGGAGCCAAAGGAAACAGCUGCAGUGGGGUGAGAAGGAAGGUGGGGUUCUGGAGGCAGCAAUCCUGCACCCCUCUGGGCUCCUCCCCUGCCUUCGGUCAGCACAGCUUCUUAGGGGUGGGGCAGAAUUAGCAAAAAAAAAAAAAUCCCCAAACAACAAAUAGAUCACCACCAACAAAAUCACUCUAGCCUCUAUCUCCUCAAACAAAGAAAAACAGAAAAAGACCCUGUAUAGCUUAUAUUUUUAUAAAGCCAAACAGGGCCCACCAUGUUGAUGAGCCAGAGGUUCAGGAUGUAGAAUUGGUUCUAGUGCCUGUCAGGGAAGAACGUGUCACCUGCUAGCAAGGAGCCCUGACGCUGCUGGCUGGCUCUGGGGGGCAGCGAUCCUGCCCUCAGCAUCGGAGAUGGAGGUCCCGGGCAGGGAAAGGGCACUCUCGGGCCACGAACAUGACUUUGGACUUUGCUUGGCCUGUCAUGAGGAUUAGGUCAUCCUCACCUUCAGAAGGUGACUCCACAGGAUGUGGAGGGUAUGUUGGUGGGUAGAGGGUUUUGGUAGGGGUCAAAGGUAAGCAAAGGGCACUGAGAUAGUAGGAGGCUCUGUAAUGAAGGAUCACAGGAUGUGGCCUUACUUAGUGCUGGUUUGGGGUAAAGGGGAAGGAGAAAAGGGGGAGAACUGAGCAGGAGCAAAGCAAGAACCCUCCAGAGUAGGGGGUGAGGCUGGAGGAUCGCGGGGGGGUCGGUAGGGCAGCUUCCAGCCCCGAGGGGAGAAGCUGGGCCACACCUGACCCUCUCCCCAGCCUCUAAUCCUGCCCAGUGUUUCCUGCCUGCACCCUUUUCAGACUUGAAGUCAGAGCUCCUCCUCUGAUGGGUGGGGCCAGGGAGACAACUGAGCUCCUGGCCUAGGGCUCAGAGCAGGGCGCUGCAGGAGGGUGCGGCUCUAGGUCCUGGGCCCUGGCUCGGGCUGCACCACCAGGAGUCUGGCUGGAGGCAGGGGAGAGCAAUCUAAGAAGCCAAGGAAGUCUGCCACAGUUUUGUGCUGGUGAGCCUAGAGGUCUGGUGUUAAGUCCUCGUGCAGAGAGGAGCUGCAGAUCCCACGUUGUCUGAGCCCCAAACCUCUCCCAGGCUGUGCAGCUCGUCCAGCGUGGCGGGCUGGGAAGCCAGGCAGGUGCUGCCCUCCACUGGCUGCCUAGCCUCCCUUCUGCCGAGCCCACAGUUCUUGGCUUCAGGGUGGGGCUGAGGAGCCCAGGCGGUGUGCAGCUCUGCACCCAGCAACUUCCCUCUGGGGAUGGGGGGCAGAGGUGGGGCCAGGGGCCUCCCAGGAGCUCCAAGUGACAGGGAGAGCUGGGGCCUGAAGUCCGAGGGGAGGGCAGGUGGGUGUCCGUGAGGAGCACCGAGUAAUCUGGCCACUGAUGGGGAUGCAGAAAGGCCAGAGACAGGAUGUAGAGGUGCAGAGAGCCUGUAGGAGAGGGGGCCCAGGCCACCCCAGCAACCAGGGCCAGCUCACCUCCCAGGCACCCACUGCCCCACCCAGCCCCGUUCUGUCAGAGCAGGUCUGCACCAUGUGGGAACCCAGAAGGCCCAGGUGAAAUCCAGGGACACCUGCAGGGGAACCAGGCCAGGGCCAGUGUCCCGGGCAAAGGCAGUAGGAAGGAGGGGCUGAACGUCAGUCCCCCAGGAGCCUGGCACUUGGAAAUCCAGGGAAUCAGAGCAGGAAAUCUACCCAUGCAGGGCAGCCUGAGAGCUUAAAUAGGCGAGGAAGGAGGGGGUCACAGCGAGGACACAAACCCCUGUGUCUCACUCAGCUGCUUCAGAGAGUGGGGGGCAGAGGGGAGAAAAAAAACACCUCUUUUUAUAUGUUUCAUAUUUAAUUCGGUCAUAACUUCACAAAUACAUAAGUAUUUUGUA